AUGGGGACCUGCUUCUCUUCAUCAUCAUCGUCACACACAAGGAUGGAAGAUUAUUACAAUUUCGACAAAGUUCACCAACGCUAUAGGUGGGAUUACCAUUUCCAAGAACCUCUCUUUUCUUCCUUGGUCUCUUCAUCAAUCUCCCAGACUAACCAUCAUCCCCAACCCCAUAGCCAUAUCGCCACUCUUACUAAUCAAAAAGAACCAGAGUUAAACACAUAUAACAAACCCGCCGAACCAUCUAGAAGUAUUGAGAGUUGGGAGAAAACAUUCUUAAACCAUGAAGAAGCCGAGGAACCAUCUACAUUGUUGUCAUGUAUGAUUUGCAUGGAUGAAAAGUCUCCUUCAGACAUCUUCCGAGGAACCACUAGUUGCACUCAUUACUACUGCAUCGAGUGUACUAUCCGUUACGUGACGAGCAAGGUAGAAGAAAAUAUAGCUAUGAUCAAGUGCCCUGACGUGGAAUGCACGCGUCUUCUAGAGCCUUACACGUGUCGAGAUAUAAUCCCAGGUGACGUGUUCGAGCGUUGGGACAAAGCCUUGUGCGAGUCGUUGAUUCUUUCGUCGGAGAAAGUGUACUGUCCUUUCGAAGACUGCUCGGCGAUGAUGGUGGUGGACGAUGAUGAUCAAGGUAAUGAAGUGAGGGAGACGGAGUGUCCGUCUUGUCACAGAUUGUUCUGCGCUCAGUGUAAGGUUACGUGGCAUGCUGGGAUUGGUUGCGAGGAGGUUCAGAGAGUUGGGAACACGAGGGAGAAGAAUAAUAGCGAUAAAGAAGAUGCUAUGUUGAUUCAGAUGGCUAAACAAAAGCAGUGGAGGAGGUGUCCUAGUUGCAAAUUUUACGUUGAGAAAAUCGAUGGUUGUGUGCAUAUGAGUUGCAGGUGUGGAUUUAAGUUUUGCUAUCGUUGUGGAGCAGCGUCGAGUUAUGGUCACUCAUGCCAUAUUCGUAGUAUCUUCUUUUAA